AUGCAGAUAUUCCGUUGUGCCAUCCAGGACGCCGCGGUGUACGAGAGGCUGACGCGAGGGGACGGCGAGAUCGCGGCAGCUCAGGUCGUGCAGAACGUAAAAUCGAAGAUCCAAUCGGUCAUCCAGCAUGGGCAUUGGCAGGCAUGGCUGCUUCCUGGGUCUCUUACUCCGAGCGUCCGGGCAACCAGUGAAAGGUGUGGUGUCCCGUCGUCUGGCAUGCUCCAACUCCAGGCUUCGCGAGGUGGACCGCUGGGAAGUCCUCCUGGGAAAUGUGAAAAGUUCGACUACUUCGUGCUCUACUCUUCGAACGACAGCAGCUUGCAAGGUUACUGGUACGGAGGAUGGAACACAGGGAGUCGAGGUUUCCAGGAGGGCGACUCUGAGGCUCUCGCGUGCAAGUAA